AUUUCCACUACUCACCAUAUAUAUAUAUAUAUAUAUAUAUAUAAAACCAAUCAAGGUUUCAAACACAUCAUUGCAUUAAUGGCGGCCACCGGAGAAACUCAACCCGCAAAACACCAAGAAGUCGGCCACAAGAGUCUCCUUCAAAGUGACGCACUCUACCAGUACAUUCUUGAAACCAGUGUUUACCCAAGAGAACCACAAUCCAUGAAAGAGCUUCGUGAAGUCACUGCUAAACACCCUUGGAACCUCAUGACAACAUCUGCUGACGAAGGACAAUUCUUGAAUAUGCUUUUGAAACUCAUAAAUGCUAAGAACACAAUGGAGAUCGGUGUUUACACCGGUUAUUCUCUUCUUUCUACUGCCCUUGCUCUCCCCGACGAUGGAAAGAUAUUGGCUUUGGACAUAAAUCGUGAAAAUUAUGAAAUUGGACUUCCGAUUAUUGAGAAAGCCGGUGUUGCUCACAAGAUCGACUUUAAAGAAGGCCCCGCUCUUCCUCUACUUGACCAAAUGGUCAACGAUGUAAAAUUCCAUGGAUCGUUUGAUUUUAUUUUUGUGGAUGCCGAUAAAGACAACUACCUUAACUACCACAAGAGAUUAAUUGAUCUUGUCAAAAUCGGGGGAGUUAUCGGCUACGAUAACACUCUUUGGAACGGAUCUCUAGUGGCCCCACCAGAUGCACCACUCAGGAAGUAUGUUAGGUAUUACAGAGACUUCGUGUUGGAGCUUAACAAAGCCUUGGCAGUUGAUCCGAGGGUGGAAAUUUGUCAACUUCCCGUGGGUGAUGGAAUCACAUUGUGUCGUCGUAUUAGUUGAUAAAACUGGACCAACUAAAAUAGAUGGUCAUAAGAUCGACAUCACAAAAAUUCUUUGACGUUUUAUAUGUUCUGGUAAAAAUUGUAAACAGUCGCAUCAAAAUAUGUAAUUUAACGAUUUCCAUUGUAAUUUUUUUCUUUUCUAUUAUCGUUUUCGAUGUUAUGCAAAGAUUCUGUUUUCAUUUGAUACAACAUGAAGUUAUGUACGAAAUCAAGUUUACCUUAUU